CUUAGCUUCUCUACAGUUGUCCAUCAUUUACAACCUGAACCGACGUCUCACUUUCCCUGAGCCGCGCCACACCAGCUUUUCCGUCUGGAGACUGACGGUGGAUGCUGGUACGCUUGAUAUUCAGAUCGACGUCCACAUCGCCAUUUCCAAGUAACCUAGCACAAGCGUGUUCGUCAACAGUGAUGCUCAGCAUAUCCCGAUCCACCGCCUCGUCGAUGGUUGUAGGACUCUCACGACAGCGCGUAGCAACAAUCAUCUGUGCUGUUCAAGAGUCUGAGAUUCUGGGCAAGUGAGGCGGCUGGUACCUUCCAUUCCUUUGUCUUUCUUUUCUUCCAGCGCCCUUUUGUCCUGCUCUUAUUCUCGCGCGGGCUGCUUGACUUUCUUCUUCACUGUCUCGUAGACCUCACUGGAUAUUUCUUUUCCUUCCUUAUCUCUGUAGACGUAUCUCCUCAUGUCGCAAAUGGACUUUGGACCGUUUCGAAAUUACCCAUUCUUUCUGGCAACUCAGCUACUCGCUACGCUCGGAUGGUUUCUCGCGUUUAUCUUCCAAGCCGUAGCGACUGGACAAUUCGGGAACAGAUCGGUUGGAUCUCUGUGGUUCGCCAUAUUCCUCCAAGCCGCUCUCAACAUCGGCGUCCUGCUCGCUAUCACGACGGACUCGCUCCACCCCUCUCGCAUCCAACUGACCGCGUUCAGCGUCAUGGCUACCAUCUUCGCCGUUCAGGGCGUGCAAGCCGGGUUCUUCCCGCCCUUCACUCCACGACAGAAUCCGGAGGGGGCGCUUGUGGGCAUGGGGUUCGGGUACCUUAUCCUCGCGGUGGUCGAUCUGCUGUGGGCCUUGUACUUCUCGUCCGACGAAGACUCGGUGGGGAUGAGAUUGUUCACCUUGGUGGGCGCUGCGCCCAUCGCUCCUCCCCGUGGUCGGACGGCCGUUACCAAUCGGAUGCACACGCCCUCGCUUUCUCGACACGGCUCUCGGGCAAGCAGCAAAGCCAAGUAUCGCCUCGGGGCAGGUGUUUCCUCUGACGAUGUCAUCACGACCGACCUCAACGGGGCUAUCGACGUCAGGCGCGUGACCCCGCCACCGAGCAACCACCGGCUCUCGCGCAAAAGCACGAGCAAGUCGGUCGCGUCGAGCAUGAACAGGAAGAGCGCCUCCGUGUCGUUCAAGGAAAAAGAGGCGUAUGGGUCGCCCUCACCGACGCCCGCUGGCAUCCCCCUUCCCGCUUCGCCGAUCAUCCCCCCUGUUCCAACGCUGCCGUAUGGAAAUGGAGCUGCCGAUAUCGAGGCAGGGAUGGUCACCCGCGCGUCUAGUCCAACGCCGCUGGCUCUGCCAACCCCGGUGUUGUCUGAACCUUCACCGGCACCGUCUGAAACAUUCCCGAAAGCCAGAGCUUUGCAUUCUUACACUGGGUCGCUGGACGAUCCGAACGAGCUGUCUUUCAAGAAAGGCGAGAUCCUGGAGAUCGAAGACCAGGAAGGGAAAUGGUGGCAAGCGAGAAAGGCGGAUGGAUCGUAUGGAAUCGUGCCCUCAAACUACCUCGUCAUGAUAUAAUACCCGUUCCCUGUGUACACUAUGUAAUGCGGCUGCUCAUUUCUGAGCUCGUUCAUUGGACAUUCAUGCAACUGUGCAUCUCGGCCGUCUGGGCUUGUAAACAACUGAUGGACACUGAUUUCAAUGUAAUUCGCAUUUCAGACCCUAGGGCAUGUUGCUCGUUCUGAGAUACUGCACGCUGCUCCAAAGGCACCUUGCCUGGUGACUGUCAUCCAGUUCGUCGCAAACGCACUGGUUUUAUGAUCCGCUUGAGCUGUUUGAGACUUGGCUGGAUUUUAUUGACACUGCUCGAAACGCCGAUCGAUCAGAGUAUCUCAGGCUUGAUGAGUGGAUGAACGGAUGAACGACUCGAGAACUGAGCAGCCGGUCAGUAGUGAUCAUUCUAAACUUGGGCAACGACCCGCAUGCAGAGGACGUUGAAUUGCUGUAAGUGAUAUGCGUAUGCCAUUUUCAAAUUGAGUUUCAGCCUUCAAGUUUCAAGUUCCCUGGUCAAUCCGGCUGCGUGAUUUAGAGGUCCAGACGACGAUGAACUGGGAUCCAGUUGAGAAGAGGAUGUAGUCGCGGACUUCUUCGGAUCAAAAUGUUCCAAGUGGUCGCAGCUCUGGACUGUCGCGUGACGUCACACCUGAUGAUGUUCU